AUGGGUGAUGCCAAUUUGAAGACGUGGGUAUCGGAUAGGCUUAUAUCAAUGUUGGGAUACUCACAAGGCGCAGUCGUUCAGUACAUAAUUGCAUUCACUAAGGAAGCAAAAUCACCAGCUGAGUUAUUUGGCAAACUAGUGGAGUUGGAUUUACCAUCUUCAGCAGAAACGAGCACGUUUGCUGAAGAAAUCUUUGCUAGAGUUCCACGAAAAGCUUCUGGUUUAAAUGUCUACCAAAAACAAGAACGGGAAGCUGCAAUAUUGGCCAAGAAGCAGCAGAUGUAUACGCUUUUGGAUGCUGAUGAUGAGGACGAUGAUCGCAGUGCUAGUAAUGUUACUGCCACAACAAGUAAACUGACUAUGGAGACCAGAAGGGCAGAUAAGAAGCGCUUUAGGAAAAAGAGUGAUAAUAAUGAUGAUGAAGAGACCGAGAUGGUCAAACAUGUGGAAGAAGGGAGGCGAGUGAAGAGACGGAUUUCUGAUGAUGAAGAUGAUGGUUCAGAGUCAGAUGAAGAAAUAUUGCGGGAUCAAAUGGAACGUGAGCAAUUGGAGCGAAAUUUAAGAGAACGUGAUGCUGCAGCAACCAGAAAGUUGGCAGAGCCAAAGUUAUCAAAAAAGGAGGAAGGUGAGAUGAUUCGCAGAGCGAAUGCAUUGGAGAAUGAUGGCAUUGAUACUUUAAGAAAGGUGUCCAGACAGGAGUAUCUAAAGAAAAGGGAGCAGAAAAAAGUGGAAGAACUUCGGGAUGAGGUAUUAGAUGAGCUAUAUAUGUUUGAUGGUGUGAAGCUCACCGAACGAGAAUAUAAAAAACAAAGAAACAAUGUGGAACUUGUCAAGCUUUUAGAGAAGUCAGUACAGCCUGAUGACAUAAAUGAGUACAGGAUGCCAGAAGCAUACGAUCAGGAAGGUGGUGUUAAUCAAGAUAAGAGAUUUGCUGUUGCUAUCCAGCGAUACAGGGAUGAUGGUGCUGCAGAGAAAAUGAACCCUCAUGGAGAACAAGAUGCUUGGGAAGAUCAUCAAAUCGGAAAAGCAAAACUGAGUUUUGGUUCGAAAAAUAAAAAGCAGGCAUCUGAUGAUUAUCAGUUUGUGUUUGAGGACCAGAUUGAUUUUAUCAAGGCAUCAGUAAUGGAUGGUGACAAAUUUGAUAAUGAUCUCUCGCCGGAUGCACUUGAGGAAUUGGAGGCUAAAACAGGUUUGGAGAAGCUCCAGGAGGAUAGGAAAACCUUACCCAUAUAUCCAUAUCGAGAACAACUACUCCAAGCCGUCAAAGAUUAUCAGGUUCUUGUUAUAGUAGGAGAGACUGGUUCAGGGAAGACCACACAGAUACCCCAGUAUCUGCAUGAAGCCGGAUAUACCAAGCUUGGAAAGGUUGGUUGCACGCAACCAAGGCGAGUUGCAGCUAUGAGUGUGGCUGCUAGGGUUUCUCAAGAGAUGGGUGUCAAACUUGGACACGAGGUGGGAUACUCCAUCCGUUUUGAGGAUAAUACAUCAGAAAAGACUAUUAUUAAGUAUAUGACAGAUGGGAUGCUACUGAGAGAAUUCCUCGGCGAACCCGAUCUGGCUAGCUAUAGCGUGAUCAUGGUGGAUGAAGCACAUGAAAGAACUUUGUCGACUGACAUACUAUUUGGACUGGUGAAGGAUAUAUCACGUUUUCGACCAGAUUUAAAGCUACUGAUCUCAAGCGCAACGCUGGACGCUGAGAAAUUUAGCGAUUACUUUGACUCGGCUCCGAUUUUCAAGAUUCCUGGUAGGAGGUACCCUGUCGAGAUACACUACACAAGAGCGCCUGAAGCUGACUAUCUGGAUGCUGCAAUAGUAACAGUGCUUCAGAUCCAUGUGACACAGUCACCUGGAGAUAUAUUAGUCUUCUUUACUGGUCAGGAGGAAAUUGAGACAGCCGAGGAAACUUUGAAACACAGGACAAAAGGUUUAGGGACUAAAAUUGCUGAGCUUAUUAUUUGUCCUAUCUAUGCAAACUUACCGACAGAGCUUCAGGCCAAAAUAUUCGAGCCCACUCCUGAAGGUGCACGGAAGGUUGUCCUUGCUACAAACAUUGCUGAAACAUCUCUAACCAUUGAUGGCAUCAAGUAUGUUAUUGAUCCUGGGUUUUGUAAGAUGAAAUCAUACAACCCUAGAACUGGAAUGGAGUCUUUGCUUGUGACUCCCGUAUCAAAGGCCUCAGCUAUGCAACGUGCAGGUCGUUCUGGCCGAACAGGUCCCGGGAUGUGCUUUCGGUUGUACACAGCUUACAAUUAUCACCAUGACUUGGAUGAUAACACAGUACCUGAGAUACAAAGGACUAAUCUGGCAAGUGUUGUGCUAUCUUUGAAGAGUCUUGGCAUUCAUGAUUUAUUGAAUUUUGAUUUCAUGGAUCCACCACCAUCUGAGGCAUUAUUAAAAGCUCUAGAGUUACUCUUUGCUCUAAAUGCUCUGAAUAAGCAUGGUGAACUGACAAAGGUCGGUAGAAGGAUGGCUGAGUUUCCACUUGAUCCUAUGCAAGCCAAAAUGAUAGUUGCUUCUGACAAGUACAAAUGUUCAGAUGAGAUCAUUUCUAUUGCUGCUAUGUUGUCAAUUGGAAACUCUAUCUUUUAUCGUCCCAAGGACAAACAAGUGCACGCUGACAAUGCGAGAAUGAAUUUUCACACGGGAAAUGUAGGAGACCACAUGGCUCUACUCAAGGUGUAUAACUCUUGGAGGGAAACAAAUUUCUCUACCCAGUGGUGUUAUGAAAAUUACAUUCAGGUAAGGAGCAUGAAAAGAGCAAGGGACAUUAGGGACCAGUUGGAGGGCCUUCUGGAGAGGGUUGAAAUUGAGCUCUCUUCCAGUCCCAAUGAGUUGGAUGCAGUGAAGAAGUCAAUAACAUCUGGUUUCUUUCCUCAUUCUGCACGGCUGCAAAAGAAUGGUUCUUAUCGAACUGUGAAACAUCCCCAGACUGUUCAUAUACACCCUAGCUCAGGGUUGGCUCAGGUUCUGCCAAGAUGGGUUGUAUAUCAUGAGUUGGUGCUUACAACCAAAGAGUACAUGAGGCAGGUGACAGAACUGAAGCCAGAUUGGCUGGUAGAAAUAGCGCCACACUAUUAUCAGCUCAAGGAUGUCGAAGAUCCGGCAUCAAAGAAAAUGCCUAAAGGAGUGGGUCGAACGUCCGAGUUAGUCCAGCUUUAG